UAAAGUAUAUUUUUGAUGCCGGCUCGCGUGGCGAUUGAGUACGCCGCCACAGCGACAGCCACGCGCAACGUCCAACAGCAUGCAAUGCAGCAUCUAAUCUUGUCGCGCCCACUGUCCUUGAUCAGAGAAUAAGCUGUUCUCAACUCGUCAAAUAUUGUUUGUAGCCGCUCGCUCUUGCUUGAGGAAGUACUACGAUCGUUUCAUCGCAUCUACGUGGAUGCAUCGAGCGCUCUCGUUGUACUCUUAACUCUUGACGGGAACCUACCGACUCGUUCUACGUUUACUUGUGUCCUUCCACUGUCUGGGGCUUUCUAUAUUUUGAGGCUUUGGAAUUGUGCGGCAUCGCUGUGUGAGACAGCCUCACCUCCGAAAGCACAGCAAGUUUUCCCCUGUGCGCUGCUUCCAGGUCCUCCACACUCCGCCUACCGCAGCUCACCGCAGCUCUCGCUAUAUCUUGCAUUUUUUGACGUCGACCUACUCCAUGAUCCACGGCAAUGCUUGGUAGAGCCAAACAGCGUGAUCGCGACCAGGAUGGCUCUGCUUCGCAGCCAUUGCUCAGUCGCUCUGAGGACAUAUCGCCGCGUCACUCAGACGAAGUGCUAUUCUCGGUAGAGGAUGAGGACGAUUUAGACGAAUCCUCUGCCCUCAGCAUCCCGGACUCUCCAGAGAGCAGGCCUGGACACGUCCGCUUCCAGGAGGACGUCCAGGUGAUUGGCCCACCACUCAGGUCGACAUUUGAGAGUCGCGAAGCCGAAUUUGAACUAGAUACCGACGACCUUGACAAUGAGACUGUCGCACAGCUUGAGUCAACCCCGCAAUCGAGGUCUUCGCGUUCAAGACGGCUGCGCGAUCAGUCUACGCCGUUGCUAGUAGGCUUGCUCGACUCGGCCUCGGCGCGGAGAAGUAGCGAUGGUGCGUUACAGCUGCAACGAAGAGAUGGAAGUGCAGAGGAGGAGGACGAAGAGGACGUUGACUUGGAGGCUCUGGCGGCGAAGCGGCUUGAGGGCGGUGGGAUGCUUGACUCUGUCGCAAAUAUGGCCAACUCCAUCCUAGGCGCAGGCAUUAUUGGUCUACCAUAUGCCAUGCGUCAAGCUGGGUUUGUCUCCGGCAUCAUCCUGCUCGUAAUACUAUGUGGGGUGACGGACUGGACAAUCCGUCUGAUCGUGGUGAACGCGAAGCUAAGCGGACGCAAUUCCUACAUCGAGAUCAUGCAUCAUUGCUUUGGCCCAAGCGGGCGGGCAGCAGUAUCAUUCUUCCAAUUUGCAUUCGCGUUCGGCGGUAUGUGUGCGUUCGGCAUCAUCAUCGGCGACACCAUACCGCACGUCAUUCGCUUACUAUUCCCCAAGCUCGAGACGAUACCCGUGCUCUCUCUCCUAACAAAACGCCAGUUUGUGAUCGCACUCUGUACUAUAUGCAUCUCCUAUCCCCUCUCACUAUACCGCUCGAUCGACAAGCUCGCGCGCGCUUCCAUCCUCGCUCUCCUCGGCAUGCUCAUCAUCGUUGCAUCGGUACUCGCCGAGGGGCCCCGAGUCCCGGCUGAGCUCAAGGGCGACCCUUCCGCCCGGUUCACGGUGAUCGAGCCUGGCGUGUUCCGCGCGAUCGGCGUGAUUAGCUUCGCGUUCGUGUGCCACCACAAUUCGCUGCUUAUUUAUGGAAGCCUGCGGACGCCAACGCUGGACCGCUUCGCGAAGGUGACGCAUUUAUCGACCGCGCUCUCGCUAGUCGCAUGCUGCACGCUUGCUAUCUCUGCCUAUCUUGUGUUCACCGACAAGACGCAAGGCAACAUCUUGAAUAACUUUGCGGGGGACGAUACGGUCAUCAAUGUGGCCCGAUUCUGCUUCGGGCUGAACAUGUUCACCACUCUUCCGCUGGAGCUCUUCGUAUGUAGAGAGGUCAUCGAGCAGUAUUUUUUCUCACACGAGCCGUUCAACAUGCAACGGCAUGUCUUCUUCACUUCAGUCAUCCUUUGCUCCUCCAUGAUCAUUGCCCUGAUUACCUGUGACCUCGGCGUCAUGCUCGAAAUCACCGGCGGCGCCUCCGCCACCGCGCUCGCCUUCAUUUUCCCUGCCGCAUGCUACCUGCGCCUCGCUGACCUCGGCCCAGCAUGGUACUCCCGUGGGAAGCUGCCUGCCAUCGCAUGCGUCGUGUUCGGUGUGGUCAUCAUGGCCAUCUCGCUUUUCUCCGCGCUACAAAAGGUCUGGACACCCGAAGGAAAUGCGCGAAUAUGUGCAUAACAUCAGGUACAUACAUUAUGUCGCUGUGGUGCAUCGCAUACUAGCAUUCGAUGAUCAGUAACGGUGCGAAAGGGGUGAGCACGGAGGUUCGGAGGGGAUUGCAUAUGUAACCUGAUCGGACUAGACUCGUGCAUGGACUCCACUGCUUCUGGUAACCCUGGAGGAAAUUUGUGGGGGAAAUCCUCGUAAAGUUUAGACCUAAUAAUCGUGCGCUAUGAUGUCCUUGGCUCUGCCCGGUCACC